AAGGAUGACUAGGAUGUAUUAAGUCACAGUUCUAAAGCCAACCAAGCAGCCAACAUGAAGUUCGCAUUCGCCUUCGUCCUGAUCGCCCUGUUCGCGGUGUUCGCCGUCUCCCAGGCUCUGCCCCAGCCUGAGGAGGCCGCCGCUUCCAGCAACGAUGGAGCCAGCGCCAAUACCAAGAUCGUGCUGGAGCUUACCCCGGAGGAGGCCGCUGCAGUUCAGGCAAUGGGAGGCCGAGGAUUUUGGCAAGACUUGUGGAACACUGUCAAGAAGGUCAUCACCGUCAGUUGUGGUCUGAUUGACUGUCAGAACCAACAGCAGUAAUAAUAAAUGCUGAGUAAAACAUA